CUUCUCUCUUCUCACUGCAAAUGGCUGUAAGCUCUUUUGGAGGCCUGUGUGGUCGAGCUUGUGAAUUAAGAUGUGCAGAGCCCUUAGAGACCUUUCUGACACACUGCAAGUCCAGCCUUCACAGAACCAAGAGUAGAUUUACUUUCUGAUUCCUCAUGUGGGAAGUAGAAAUCCACAGGAGUUGAGCAGCUUGUCUAAGGAUACAGGAGAACUGUGAUCCAGGCUGUCCAGUCUAGUUCAUUUACUCACAUACCAGUGCCCUUGACUAUUCUGUGCUGCACUGAGUAUAAAUGCCCAGAAGUUAUUUGAACUCUUUAAAUGAGUGGUUAAGAUUGCUGCUUCUGUGUAGAUGUUUGUGCUGGAAAUUCUAGGCUUAAACUCGAGGGGGCUGCCAAGUUAUAAUUUUGAAGAACUAAUGUUUCUGUGAUCUCCAGAUCUUUAAAUAAGGGGUAAUUUUUUAAAGCUCUUUGUUCACAAGUCCUAUGAUUCAUACUUCUUCAAAACAGAAAAGUUACUCUUUUCACAAAAACAGUGAGCUCUGAAGUAAGCAGUCUACUCUGAAGACUUUUGAUGGAAAGAUGGACUAUACUAGAUUAGGAAGUGGCUGUUUGGCUAGUUUCCAGAGGCUGAAUGAACUACAAAUCAUCAAAUACAGCAGCUCACCAAGACGAUACUGUUGUUUUGGGGGGAACACACUUCCCAGAGACUGCAAGGGAUGCUGCUGCCCGGCUGCCAACUGAAACCAGCUCUUCCUCAGGUUUUCUGUAGACUCUGGGCUGUGAUGGGGAAACUGCAGAGCAAACUCAGACACAGCACUUACAAGUACAGCAGGCCUGACGGACUUAUGGAAGAGGGAGUCCAGACUAAAGUGUUCCAGGAGUACAGCCCUGCUCACGUGGAUGCCGUCUCUGUGGUUGCUACUCUGAGCUCAGACCUGUGUGUCUCUGGAGGAAAAGACAAGACUGCUGUGGCCUAUAAUUGGAAAACUGGACACGUGGUGAAAAGGUUCAGAGGGCAUGAGCGGGAAAUCACUAAGAUAGCCUGUAUUCCCAAAUCAAACCAGUUUUUCAGCGCCUCUCGAGACAAGAGCAUCCUGAUGUGGGACCUGGAGGGCUCCUCCCAGCCCAGGCAGGAGCUGUCUGGCCAUGCCAUGGUGGUCACUGGCUUGGCUGUGAGUCCAGACUCAUCACAGCUGUGCACCGGCUCUCGCGACAACAGCCUGCUUCUGUGGGAUGUGGGGACUGGACGGUGUGUGCAGAGAGCGUCUGUCUCCAGGAACCUGGUCACUCACCUGUGCUGGGUCCCCAGAGAGCCAUAUGUACUGCAGUCCUCUGAGGAUAAGACCAUCAGAUUGUGGGAUAGUCGGAGGCUUCAGGUGGCUCAUGUGUUUCCCACAAAGCAGCACAUUCAGACCCACUGUGAAGUCAGUGUGGAUGGACACACGUGUAUCUCUUGCAGCAGCGGCUUUGGGGGUGAAGGCUGUGAAGCCACGUUGUGGGACCUAAGGCAGACAAGAGACAGAAUGUGUGAGUAUAAGGGGCACUUCCAGACAGUUGCAUCCUGUGUCUUUCUACCAAAAUCCAUGGCCUUGAUGCCUAUGAUUGCUACCUCAGCACAUGACUCCACAGUGAAGAUUUGGAACCAAGAUACUGGAGCCUGCCUGUUCACCUUGUCUCUGGAUGGAUCAGGACCCUUGACCUCCCUGGCUGUUGGGGACAUCACCUCCUUAUUAUGUGCGAGUUUCUACAGAGGAGUUCACUUACUCAGAGUGGACUGCAGCCGAGAGCUGGCACUGCAGGAAGUGGCAGCCUUCUAAGGCCAAGACACUGACUAGACAAUAUCAGACCACAGCCCCUCCUUUCUCUGUGGCUUUGUGUUUUUCCACAUGCUCUUGGGGAGUGGGGUACAAGUCUGGUGUUCUUUUCUUAGGGUCACUUAGAAGGCAUAUCCGGGUUAGAUGUUGGUUUAAGUCCAGUGAUUACAAAGUCAGGGUGUGGCCCAGAUUGGUCUUGAACUCAUAGAAACCUUCUUGCCUCAGUCUCCUGACUGUUGGCAUUAAAGGUGUGAGACUGCACACCCAAGAAAAUUCAGGUCUAGAAAUAUGACUCAAUAUAAAGUUCUUAAUCUCAAGGAAAUCCAAAUGGAAUUUUUAUCCAAAUGUGAGCUUUUGGGACUACUCUUCAA